AUGUCCAUAAGUAAUUUUGUAAGUGGUUCAAAUACUAACAGCUUAGUUGAUUUAUUUGUUGGAUUAAAACAUCAAUAUUAUUUUGUGAUUUUAAUUGUUCACAGUGUCUGUAAAUAUAGGUGGUGUCUUUUAGUAAGAACACUCAUUGUUGAUAGCAGUCCAUCAGUAAUCUAUACUUGUUUUUCUGAUAAGACAGUUUUGAAAGGUCGUAGUGCACGAAGAAUCUCUGUUCAAAUGUUGAGCGAAAGGUGA